UUGCCUAUGAGUGUACUGCAGCUUCAGGUGGAGCAGCAACAUGAGUAUCCAUAUCCAUUGGAGCCUCCAGCUGCAGACCCACAAUUGGUUGAGCAAGAGCAGCAAUCAAAAUUAUGCAAUUCAGGAAGGCCUCUAGAACUCUGUGCCCAAGAAAAGACAUGCAAGCCCCUUCCAAUGACAUCAACUUCUCUUGCCUUACCCCUGAAUUCAGAGCCACCUGAGCAGUGUAAACUGGAUCUUCCAAAUUCUGGAAGAAUUUUGGAUGUCCAAAUGACAACCAAGGGGGGAGUUGGUGAAUUUUCUCCCACACUGCAGCAGAUAUUGGAGGAGCAGAGGCAACUACGGCAUCAAAAUCAAAGGCAAUCUGAACACAAACAACUAACGACGGAAGCCAUGAUGCAGCAGCGGCAAGGUAAGAAGCGUGGUCAAAAAAAGCAGUCCAAAUCCAGGCCAGAGGCAAUUAUAACUCAAGAUGUACCCAUGAAUUCCAGUCGGCAACUAGAGUUUCCAAACACAGGGAGGUCUUCAGGGCCAGAAACAUUGACAGCUUCUCUUGAUCUGCCCGACUGGUCUGAGAAGCAACCAGAUUGUUCAGUUCCAGAAAAGCCUAUGGUUCUGGAUUUGGUAACAAUGGAACAAUCAUCUCAAACAGAGUUGUUCCAGCGAGUAAAGCAGCAUGGUGAAAGAAAGAUGACCAGAUCCGAAUCCGAAACGGCGAGAACACAGGAUCUACCCAUGAAUUCAGAGCAGCUAGCAGAGCUUCCAAAUUCAGUACAGUGUCAACGGCUAGAAAUUAGAACAGUGGAGACAAUUUCCAGGGCAGAGAAGCAGCAAGCAGUGACAGCUGCUCUUGAUGUACCAAAAUAUCCUGAGCAGCAACCAGAUGCUUCAGUUCCAGGGAGACCCAUAGAGCUGAAUCUGGCAACAAUGGAUCAAUCAUCUCAAACUGAGAGGAUGCGGAGGCAACUACAGCGUUGGUGUCAAAGUACAUCCAAGUCUAAACCACCAACUACAUCCAUUACGGAAUUGUUGCCCUCAGAGUUUCAAUAUCAGGAGCCUGAGCUUCAAAUUGAAGAAAGUCCUCCAGAGAUAAAACAUACACAAGUAGAGGAAUCAACUCAAACAACAGAGCAACAAGCAAAUCUCUCUGGUGGGCAAAAGCAGAUCAAGUCCCAGCCAAAGAUAAUAACAGAUUUUAAUAUGCCCAUUGCUCCGCAGAAGUUGGAGCAGAAGCAGCCACCAGAGCUUCCAAAUGCAGAAAGGGCACAGAAGCUGAAGUGCAAGCAGAAACAAGAGAAGCCACAGCAUAGACAAUUACGGCCUCGGCCUCCAAAACCUGAACAAGCUACAGCAAAACUUCCGAAUAUGGGUACUCUGCAGGAGUUAAAACAGAAACCAUCAGAGGAAUUAAUUCAACGAGGGCAGAAGAAACCAAAACCCAGUGGUCUGCAGAUGCUAUCUGAGCAAAAAACGCGAACAGAUUCUCUUGAUUCACUCUUGGCUUUACUGUGGAAGCCAGAACAGCAACCAGUGUUUCCAAGUCCUAAAAGAGCAAAGAAGCAGCAGGACAAACAGGCACAGGAGAAUCCACAACAUAUGAAAUUACGGACUCGGUGCCCCAAAUCUGAAGCAACUACAGAUACAACUACAGCACAAUCAGAGCCUGUGCAAGAUCAGCAUGAGGAGCAGCAACAACUGGAUUGCCAAGAUGGAGGGAGACCUCUUGAAAGAAAAUCUGAUAUGACUUCAACUGUAGUGGAAUCAUCACCAUCAGAUCAUCAGAAUCAACAUGAACACCAGCAGCCAGCUCCACGUGGUCGUGGGAGACCUCGUAAGUACAUACCUGAUGAUACAACAAUGCAAAAUGUGUUUCCUUCAGAAAAGAAGCUGCAGCAAGCCAAGCGCCAAGGUCAGGGAAGACCACGAAAGUUGAAUAAAGGAAAAUAAGGUCAGCAACCCUGGUAGGUGAGCAUUCUUAUGUUUUCUGGUGGCACCAAUAUGAUAUUGAUGGCAGUAUAAUUUUCAAACAAGUAACAUUUCUUUUGUGGAUUAGAGAAUUUAGUUAAGUUGUUUCAAAGCAUUUAUGCCUAAAGGUUUGAUAUGAUAGUAGUAGCACAGUUGCUCUUUUACUAGACCUUUUAAGGAUCAAAUUUUUACCCUGCCAGUGGAGCUCUCAACAUUUUAUGUCCCCGUCUCAAGAUGCCUGAACUAGAUAUAGAGUGAAAGUAUCUGUAUCCAGUAAAGUUAUCAGAAUAGUCCUUAUGGCAAUUACGUCUAAUAGAGAAAUGAUUGUGAUUUCCUUUCGUUUUUCUUUUUCUUGCCAGAGGAGGUACACUUACAGCAUAAGAACAAACAUUUUCCCUGCCAAUGUGAGUAAUACCGGCACUUCACAUAGUUUCUAUAAGAAGGUCCAACAUCAAUACAAGUAGACUGCAAGACAGUUGAAACGCUAGUAGUAUGGUUUGCCUUUUCCUAGAAUGAUUGUGAGAAUCAACUUUGUCUUGCUUUGACUAAUUCCAAAUACUUCAGGGCCAUAAUGUUAGCGAAGAAUCUCAUAGGGCCAUGAUGUUAGCGAAGAAUCUCAUAUGGCUAAAUGCACAUUAUGAAAACAUUUUGUUGCGAUUUGCAUGA